AAUCGACAGAGUAUUAAAACUUGAAUAUUCUUUUCGUUUGUCGUAAUUUCAUCGAACCUUUCGCAGGCUUAUAAUUACAUGUUGAAUUUAACGUACCGUUUAUAAGACCAGCUUAAAAUGACGAGAAAAAAACACAAAGAACUCCAAUGAUCCUAGAACAAAUCUUCCCAGUUUUUCUACGGGUAAUUAUCCAAAAAUAUUACACUGUAUCCAGAAACACUGAUGAAUGCAAGCAACCGGCCAUCUUGAUUUCAAGCUUCCGUUGUAAAGCUUCUGUAAAAAUGGUUCUCAUUAAAAAUUGUAUGACAUUAACAAGAACUAUAUUAUUAUCGAGAAAUAACGUAAAUUUACAUGUUAAAGUUAAUUAUAGUCAAGACAUAAAGCCAUAUCUCUACAAGUGGAGAGCUAAACAAAAUGUGCCAACAACAGAAAAAGAAAUGAAGGAUGUAGCUGAAAAAUAUAAUUUACAUCCACGGGAAUAUAAAGCUUAUGAACCGGAUGGAUUUGGAUAUGGUGAUUAUCCAAAACUUCCAUAUAUAGGAGCUGAUGCGAGAGAUUCAAAUUAUCCCUGGGAUUUUCCUGAAUUCAAGAGAAAUUUUAAUGAAUCGAUACAUAUUGAGGAAGAUCAAAUAGGAGAAGAUCGUUAUGCUGCUGGAGUUCGAACUCCACUAUCAGGUUUAGAAGUAGUUCUGAUGUUUGUUGGUACAAUGACAAUUUUAGGAAUUUUUUAUUGGAUUUUUGAGUAUUAUCCUUGGUUCCAAUGUGUGAUGGAGAAACAAUACCCUAAAGCUGGUGUAACACAUUAUACCUUCGAAUCACUACGUUAAUUAUAAAAUAUAAAAUAUUACAAUGCUUUGUAGAUGUCAUAAAUGAUGUAUGUAUAAAAAAUAUAUUUAUGAAAUUCA